AUGAUGGAAGAGCUUCUAGAGAAAUUGAGAUAUGUGGGACAGUUCUACAUGGAGCACCAGCACGGGAAGGGGAUUUGCUACUGGCCUGAUGGAUCCAAAUUCACAGGAGCUCUUUAUCUUGGCCAUGUAGAAGGCUAUGGGACCCUGGAAUGGAAGGAUGGCAGAAAAUUUCAGGGGCUGUACAAAUCUGAUGAGCGAUUUGGACCAGGGAUUGAGAGCUAUCCAGAUGGCUGUCAGGACGUUGGCUUGUGGCUCAGGGAUCAUCUAAUUAAGCUAUGUACUGAAGUACCUGGUUAUUUUUCACUCUUGGAUUAUCCAGCACACUACAGAUACAUUGAUGACAAUUCUCAAAAGAAGUAUAUUUCAGUUGAGGAAGACCCGUUUCUCCGUAGCUAUAAACAUCUCCCUUUUGAUGAUAAGGAUAUUUUCCCUGAAGGAGUCCUUGCAUAUUCUCGUAGCACAGAUCAUCUUACUUUGACUCAUUCCUUUCUAGAAGAGUGUGAUGCUUGGCGCUGUCAAGCGGAGUUUACUUCAGAUGUCAACCUCAUUCUCAGUGGAGCCCGCAGUACUUACGGGCCUCCAGGCCCCAGGGAACUUGCCUCAGAGCAGCUAAUUCAGAAGGCAGCAAGAGGAGACUAUGAUGGGGUCUGUGCGAUUCUGAGGAAUGGGCUUGCUCAUCCAGACAUAGCUGACAAACAUGGAUACACAGCACUUGCUGCUGCUGCUGUUCAUUCCCACAAUGAUGUUGUCAAUCUUCUUCUUGAUAGUGGAGCUGAUGUGAAUAAGUGUAGUGAUGAAGGAUUAUCUGCUCUCUCCAUGUGCUUUAUUCUCUUUUAUCCAGAAGAAUCUUUUAAGGGCAAUAUUGCUGAGAGGAGCUUGCACAGUUACAAGUGGAGUGAACAAUCAGAAUCCUCAGAAACAGUCAAUGUGGCUGAAGGCAUAAUCUCAGAACGACAGAAGAGGUGGGAAACAAUCCAACUGCUGCUUCGUCGAGGUGCAGAUCCCAAUGCAUCCUGGGUCCCACCACACCUUCUGUUCUUUGCUGUUAAAGCUGCAGAUGCAGAGGCAGUGAAACUCCUCUUAGAAAGGGGAGCCAGGACUGAUGUGCAGCUUCCAUCCAAGUUAGGGGGGUUAACUCCUCUCCACAUAGCUGCCUCAAUUCCUGGGGAGGAAGGGGUCCAGAUAACACAAUAUCUCCUGCAUUCUGCCCCAGAUCUGAAUGCAAGGGCAGAAGAUGGAAAUGAGAUAUACGGUCCAGACAAGGUAUGUUGGUUUUUGAGCUCUUUGCAACUGAAAAAUGAAGCAGGACCACCACAAGAGUACUUUUCCUCCUAUAGUGGUCCUGUCCCUGAAGAAGGUGGAAGGAGUGCAUUGCAUAUUGCAUGCGAAAGAGAGGAUAACAGUGAGUGUGCCAGAGAUGUUAUCUGCCUCCUUUUAAUGCAUCAGGCAAAUCCAAACACAUUGUGGAGUGGCCAUUCACCACUUUCCUUAGCAAUUGCCAGCGGGAAUGACUUGGCAGUGGUUGAACUCCUCAAACAUGGGGCUGACCCAAAUCUACCAUUAAGUGGAGCAGUAAGAAGUGCCCUCUGUGCAGCUGUCAGUACGGCGUAUGAACGGCAGAGAACGACAGCACAGAGGAUUGCUUUGGUUGAUAAGCUGCUUGAAGCUGGCGCAGAUAUCCUUGCACCAGUUACUCUUAGGGAAGGACAGAGAAAAGCUGUGGGAACAGCUGUGGACUAUGCUUAUUAUAAAUAUUAUCAGGAUAGGAGAAUUGCUCACACACCAUACCACACACUGUCAGCAUCUGAGCAGGAACUUUUUCAAACACGCCGAUCACUGCUGGAACACAUUACGGCGAAGCUCCGUGAACAUGUCAUCCUGAAAGAGAAAGCACUACCGUUCUUUAAAUACUGCUAUCAGUGUGGACGUUCAGUUGGUGUUCAGCUAUCACCUUGCAUGCGUUGUCAUGAAGUCUUCACUUGCAGUGAGACUUGCAGAAGGAAAUCCUGGAAUGAGCGGCAUAGGCAGGAGUGCUUGGGAUUGCUGG